GAGUGUACAUAGCGGUGCUUCAUAGAUUUUCAUUUCCUAUGCCUCAACCUCCUAGCUAAAGAUACACAUGGAGUUAUAAUGAUUAUACAGUAACUGUGGUGAUUUCCCGUGGAUUAUAUUCUGUGGAUUAAGCCCUGAGGAUUACAGAAUGAGCCGAUUAUUCGCGCCCGUGAACGCCAACCCGGUCAAAUCGGCGCCCAACAGCCCAAUGCUCAGAAAAGCGGAGCACAAAAGUCCAUCUUUCCUUCACCGGUCGGAAAAAAAAUCCGACUCUAACAAGAACCGGAAGUCUGAGAGUAACUUGACUCUGAAGAAGUCAGGCUCUAAGAACUUGGUGGCGUCGUCACAGAACUUGUCAGUGGACGGGGGGGAGUCGCCCACCAGCUACCUGCAGCCUGAGAGUGACGGCCUGAAGAAGUCCUGGUCCACUGGCAACGGUCUCAACAAGUUAAUUAACAAAAUCAUUACCCCACAGGUGUACAAGGUGAUUGUGAACUGUGAGGGGAGGUCGUGGUUUAUAUUCCGGAGGUACAACGAGUUUCACACCUUGUAUGAAAAGAUUAAAAAGCUUUACCCAGAAGCCAACCUCAAACUUCCGGGCAAGAAAAUCUUCGGUAACCUUGACCCCGAGUUCAUCCAGCAGCGGCGAGAGGGUCUGGACGAGUUCAUUCGGAAGUUGGUGUCACACCCCAAACUAUGUCAGCACGCUGAUGUCCGCCUGUUCCUGUCCUUAGACAACCCCAGGAAUGUUCCAACUGUCACAGUCGACACUGCUGAGACAGAUAAAGAGGACGAAGACGCAAUGAACGGCAACAAAGACGAGAACCCGGUUAACCUGGGACCCAGCGAGAAAACGACAGUAAAGCCAAAAGACUUCGAAUUUCUGAGGGUCAUCGGGAAAGGUAGCUUCGGCAAGGUCUUGCUGGCCAGACACAAGGCUGAGGGGAAGAUCUAUGCAGUCAAGGUCUUACAGAAACAAGCAAUAAUGAAACGAAAUGAGGCGAAGCACAUAAUGGCCGAACGCAAUGUGCUGCUCAAGAACGUCAAACAUCCAUUCUUAGUCGGCCUACACUAUAGCUUCCAGACUCCAGAUAAACUCUACUUCGUCUUGGAUUACGUCAACGGAGGAGAGCUAUUUUUUCAUCUCCAGAGGGAAAGGUUUUUCGCUGAACACCGAGCAAAGUUUUACUCUGCUGAGAUGGCCAGCGCUCUGGGGUAUCUGCAUUCCCUCAACAUUAUUUACAGAGAUCUCAAACCAGAAAACAUUCUGCUCGACUCAACGGGUCACGUGGUCCUGACUGACUUUGGCCUUUGCAAGGAGGGAAUUGUGGGUCAGGGAACGACGUCAACUUUCUGUGGAACACCCGAGUACUUGGCACCGGAAGUGUUACGCAAGAAACCGUACGACAAAACCGUGGAUUGGUGGUGUUUAGGUGCCGUCUUGUAUGAGAUGCUCUACGGCCUGCCCCCUUUUUACAGCCGAGACACGGCUGAAAUGUAUGACAACAUUCUCUUCAAGCCUUUAAGACUCCGUACAAACGUUUCGGCUGCUGGGAGAUCUCUGCUAGAGGGAUUGCUGCAGAAAGAAAAGGAGAACAGGCUCGGGGCAAAAAGAGAUUUCCAGGAGAUCAAGAACCACGACUUCUUCUCAGACAUUAACUGGCAGGAUCUGUACGACAAGAAGAUCACACCUCCAUACAACCCUAAUGUGACUGACCAUCUGGACCUGAAACAUUUUGACCCAGAGUUUGUUAGAGAGCCAGUACCAGCAUCAAUUGGAAGAUCAGGGGGACAGGGCAGUCGUCUGGUCAGUGCAAGUGUUAUGGAAGCAGACGGCGUGUUUGAAGGUUUCUCCUAUGUUCCUCCAUCUGAAGAUGCCUUUGGUUAACCAAUCAAUUGCCAGAUUUUUUUUCAGUGCCAUCAAAGGUUUCUGAUGAUGAUAAACUUAAAUUUUUUAAGGAGAUAAACAACGAUUUGUGCAAAAAACGAUUUUGUAAACAAUAACGUUAUUUACUUGUUAAUGUUAUGGUGGGGUUUAAAUUUUAAAUAAAGGGGACUAACUCUAUUGAAUGUAAAUACCUGAACGGAGUUACAUUUCUUAGAUCACUGUUAGCCAGGCAGCAGCAUUGUCUUGUACUCUGCACAUGCAAGUGUACACUGCAUGUGUAAGUGUAUGUUGCACAUGCAAGUGUAUGUUGUACAUGUAGAUGUAUACUGCACAUGCAGGUAUACAUAGUACAUGGAAUUGUACACUGUAAAUGCAAGUGUACACUGCACAUGCAAGUGUACAUUGCACAUGUAGGUGUACACUGUACAUGUAAGUGUACGCUGCACAUGUAGGUGUACAAUGUACAUGCAAGUGUACCCAAUGCUACAAUACAAUUAAACAUUCUCAAUGUAAACUUCUAUUUUAUGAUAUUGAGGGAAGUUAGUAUUCUUUUUAAAACUUAUGAUUUAGCCAUUCCAUGUUUAAUUUUUAUCUGCUUCCAGUAUGCAGGACAUGAUUUUAUGAUGAUUGAACAAACUUUUAGUUGGGGGAGAGCUGGAGGUGGGUGAGGAGGGGUGUAGAUUCCAUGUUAAAACAUGUACCAGAUUUGAGCGUUGUUUUGUUCUUUACAUCUUUUAAUUAAAAAUGGAUUGGAUGUAUGUUUUGUGUACAUAGUUUGUGUUUGUUUUUAAACUGUGUUCAGUAUGUGUGUGCUUGAGCAGGAGUUUAAACAUUUGGAAUGGACAUGUGUGUACAAUUAUUUAUUCUUUUAGUGAUUCAGUCUGAUUUUUGAAAAUUGUGAUGGAAUUUUUUUUAUUAUUUAACUUUAAAAAAAAAGAAAUCGUUAUACUAUUUUUUUAAACAAAUAUAUAAAGCAUCUUCAUAAAUUAAGAUUUCUGUGUAAGUUUCUUUCUUUUAAUUUUAUUUAGGGAUUAACUCUAAAGCGAUAUUUUUAAACUAUGUUAUAAACAGCUUGAUCAAUGAAAAUCUAUGCUAUCAUUCUGUUAUUUUAAACAAUGCAUUUUAUCAUGAACUACAUUUGACAUUUCAAGAAUAUAACGUGUAUAUAAAUAUAACAAAACUAAUAAUUCACUUAAGCAAUGAGUCGUUUAAACUGUGUCUGAACCACUGCUGAAGUUUGUACUCUAUUUAAUAAACAACAACCCAGGCAGCUUCUUCAAACAAUCCUGGGCUAUAUACGCUUUGACUUGUAAACAAUUAUACGACUUUCGUCAGUUUUAUUUUUUAAAAAUGUAUACUGACAUAAGUUUCUUAUAUUGCUUAUUAAACGUUAUGUAAAUAUAUAUAAAAUACUCAAUGCCUUGCAUUGACUAUUACACUUGUAAAUAGGUGACUGGUUGUUGAUGUGUAUGUGAGUACGUUCUAGCCUAACAUAUAAUCUUCCAACAAUGAGACAUAUUCUGCUGUGUCAUGUGCACAGCCUGUUUAGAGUUUUACAUGUUUGCCAUAAAUUUUGUUGUGUCCGCUCAAACGUACGUGUGACAGAUGUAUGUUGUGUUCUACAACACAGAGCUUAUGAUUUAGAUGGUUGCCUUGUAAUAGGGGGCUCAAAGUGCAUUAUGUGUGAGGCUGCCAUUCAUUACAUGUAAGAACACCAGUGAAUUAUGUUGUGCCAGAAUUUAGAAUGUAAGGUUGCCAUAAAUUAUGUUGUGUCCGCUCAAAGUUUACCAUAUGUGUACCUGUAUGUGUAACUACUGUGAUGUAUGAUUUGCUAAUUAAAUUGCUGUGAAAUCAAAGUUGACAAUGAUGGAUAAAUACAAAUAAGCAACUUCAGAAAAAUUAUAUACAUUUUAUUAAAUUAAAAAAUGUAUGCACUGAUUAAGAAGAUGUUCAUUUACAAAUAUAUUACGUUAUUGUAUCUGCACUGUGUUUUCAUGAACAUGUUACAUUCAUAAUUAAAACAUUAAUUUCUUCAUCAAUAAUUCAAGAAUAGUUUGUUUACACAACUGUGAUUUAUCAAAAGUCAAUUACAAUCAAAACUUUAAAAUAAUAAAACUUUGGGUCAUGCUAUAUAAACAUGUGGACAGUACUGUUUCAAUUUCUUGAAAUCAGUAGCCAGUUUUUUUAAAAGCCAAAUGCCAUUGGAUUCAAAGCCAAAUAUACUUUAAAGUUUUAAAUGAUGAACUGUCAGAGUUUAUUUUUUAAAUUACUUUAAUCCCCAGAUAAUUAUUAAAGAAUUAAAAAUAAUUUUAACUUUUCAUUCCCAUAGUUGUUUUUUUUUUUAAUCAAAAAUAUUAAAUUUAAUGCAAUGUGUGGUGAAUAUCUGGUCAAUAAUGUAAUGUUUGCAGACAGAAGAUAAUGGGACGAAACUUUUAGUGAAAAAUUGUAACACGAGUUGUGAUGUUUAACAUGAAAGAAAUACAUUCAAAGUUUACAAAUAAAUCACUCUUUUGUUUUCUCUA